AUCAAGGUGGAGGGCGAAGCAGAUGACCAGGAAUCUAGGAUCAGUCACCCAGCCAGAACAGUGGAGGGCAGCAGAGAGCUAACCACCCAACUGGCUGCAGCCACCACAGAGGACCCCGCCUUCCAGUCCAGUGGCCCCAGAGGCAACAACUACAACAACACUGCUAUGGAGGCCAAAUCUACUGUGGAAGGGGAGAGAGACCUCCAGCCAUGGAAGAAAGAAGAGGGUCUGAGGGAGAUGCCAGGCACUGAUAGUGGCCACAGAAUGACAGACCCAAACACACAGACCUCUCUAGACACGGACCAAACAGAGCUCACUGAGCAGCUCAGAACCAAACACAGCAUAGUGACUGUCAACAGAUCAGACACUGUUUUCAAGUCAGACCCGGAGCCUGAGAACCUGAGCCAGGUGCUCCAACUCACAGGUCCAGGACCUGUUGCUAAACAGCAGCGCAGCCUAAACCCCGAGAGAACAACCGGUCUGCCUGUAAACUCCCGUAAGCAAAGAGUCAGUGAUACAGCGAAUGAUCGGCCAUCUUGUUCUAGUUAUGCUGCCGAGACGGUCUCAGGAAGCCCCUCGCCUCCCUCUGAACACGAGUAUUCCCAGGUCGAUUCAGAGGUCACGUCUGAGGUCAUAGUUAUCGACCCCCUUCCUGUUGACGAUGAGGAUGGCACGCCCUCGUUGUGGAGACAAGGUGACAUCAUGGAACACCGGCAUCAUCAAGGAGGACAUAGUGAAGCAGAUGCCAUGCUUCUUGGAGGACAUUCGAGUAACACUUAUCAUCAUCAUCCUCACCCAGGUGUCCAGCCAGCAGCGAAUCAGAACUCACCUGACAAUCACUUCUACACCAUUGGCAUGGACGGCGCUUUCAACAACCGCCUCGGCACCUUUCAGAACCCCGCAGCCACCGCCACUGCUCCAUACGCCACGGGUACCGGGGAGCUGCAGUACCCCACCUGGGUGGAUUUCGAGGGGAGCGCCCCCGACACCCACCUGGGUGACAUGACUGGGACUCAUCAGGACAGAGGGUCUAGGGAGGAGGGGGCGAGGUCCUACAGGUGCACCUUCUGCGGGAGGGAGUACCCUCACCUGUGCCAGCUCAAGAUGCACCAGAGGGUCCACACGGGGGAGAAACCGUAUGAGUGUGCCCUGUGUGGGAAGCAGUUCAGCCAGCUGUGCAGCCUGAAGCGGCACCAGAGAGUACACACAGGGGAGAAACCUUUCAGAUGCGCUCAAUGCGGGAAACAGUUCUCUCAUUCCAGUAAUUUAAAAGUGCAUCAGAGCGUCCAUACGGGUGAGAAACUGUUCCACUGCGCCCAGUGUGGGAAGAACUUCUCCUUUCUGAGCAAUCUGAUAAGACACCAGACAGUUCAUGCACGGAAAUUAUAGGUUGUGUUGUGAUUUGGGAUUGUGUUUUCUGAAUUGAUUGUAAAUUGUAUGUGUAUGAUUGCUUAAAGGUUGUUACCUGUUUAUUUUUGUAUUUUGUAAAAAUGUUAUAAAAAGAAGUGACACUAAACGUUUGACUGCAGAUUGUUAUAUUAGUUCAUGUUGGUUAUUAUUGUCUAAAAUGUUCAACUUUUUAUUGUAUAAAUGCCUACAGUAUUUGUGACGCAAAGUGUUGAAAAUAAUCAGGAAAACUAAGAUUUUGUCACAAUGAACAUGCUUGUGUUAAAGUUCAAAAGAAAUAAAUCAACAUGGGAAAUUUGAAAAA